AUGCGGAAGCGCGACAAUCCAGGACUGGAGUUCCUCGACUGCCCGCAUGAUGUACUGGAGAGACCGAACCAUGAAAUACAAACGGCACGCAUCGUAUGUAUGCACCAAAAUGUAACCGACUGCUUUCGGGUUGAAGAGAACGGCGUUGAAGGGACUAUUGUCCACAUCAUACGCCUUGAUUACUCUAAUGUGCCAGGGUACUGGUACGCUGUGGUGGACACUCCCGGAGGCAGUCAGAAGCGAGACCUGAAAUCCCUAGUCGACAGAUUUUUUGAUUAUGGUAACACAGAAGCUUGGUACAACCGGUUUAACAAGUUGGGUUUCUAUCCAGGAAACUCUAUCAAGAUUACGGAAAAGCUGGAUAGGCUUGUGUACCAUAAUGGGGAGACAUGCAACUACGUUGACAAGCCCGUUGAUGAGGAAGGAAAACUCGGAGAAUCACUCAGCAUCGCCAUGCAAGGAUCUUCCAGUAUUGAGCUACACUACGGUUUCUCAAUGAUCGCGACCUGGAUACCCGGUGCUAAUUUCAACGUACAUCAAGCAGCAGGCUUUGUUCGCCCUCAGGGGAAAACAGACGUUUCGUUCAGGCUGGGUGGGGAAGGUAUUCUCGACACCUCCAAGUCUCUUAUGGGCUCGACAAUCACAAAGAAGUUUGGCGAAACGGGAGUAGCUGGACACUCGCUUUACAAAGGUUGGGCCUUCUUUACAGCGUACAAGGAGGCCAGCGUCGAUCUAGCAAGCGGAGAUAAUGUCGUUGGCGCUGUACCUUUUAGUGGUUACGCGGAAUCACGGAUCCAAAGUAACUGGGGACUUUACAACGUUCAUUUCCCUGCAGGAGCCACCAUCACUCCAUCUACGGGCACCGGAGAAGGCAGCAGAGUUGGAGAUGAAGUCAGCAAGAGUAGCAACAAUAAGCUUAAUGCACUCUCAAAAUCGAAAGGGUGGAUCGAGGUCGGUACGACAGUAAGAGUAGGACUUAUGGUGGGCAUGUCAUUCUCGAAGCCUUAUGACAAGGUUGUCGGCGACCUACCAGACAUGUCUGUUUCUCAGCGAGUCUUCUCAAGAUGGAAUCUUGAACAUACCGGUACAGAAAGCUGUGUUUCCACAAGCCUUGGCACCAAGAUGAGGAGUCACUUGAAGAGAGGCUCCACCGCUUGGAGUACUUCCACGUCUGAUAAGUUAUACGUGGAUGACCUGGCCGCAGCUGGUACGAAGCAAUGUUUCAAGGACAGUGGCCAACCAAUCAGGAAGCGGGAUCUGGAAAUUGCUCAGAAUCUGACCAAGCGAGAUGGGUUCGAGGACGGAAGGCCUGACUGGGGUGAUAUUCCCAUGCCAGGCUACAAUCUCGGCGACAAUUUGUUCAAUCAAAUGCUUCCUGUACUGCCAUGCGAAAAUUGUGCAAGCUGCACACUCCGAAAUCCAUUCAGGGAACCAUGUUGUGGCUGCGUUUGUCUAGGCUGCAAGUAUGGACUAGGACCGAGAGGGCGAGACGAGGGACCGCUUGGUCCGUACGGCGAUAGCUCAGACAUUGGCUCGAUUUUCGGAACAAACCUCUUGAAGCGCGAUCUAACUGAAGAUGGUAUGCUCAACGCCACGGAAGGAAGCCUACAUCAACUCGAAAAACGCGUCGGUCCGGUACCGAACCAGGGCAGCAAGCCAUGCAAUAUGUGUAGUCGAACCGAAAGGAUCAGAUAUCCUGCAUUCCCAAACUUCAAGCAAUUCCCAAACUCACCAGUCAACUUUGACCUCUACCAACCUCAGGUUAUGAAGUACUACCACAACUCAAGUGCAUCGUGUACGAGCUGGGCAGUCCGACAACACGCAUCAAUAGAUAUGGUGUACGACUCUACAAUGAGAAAUGGCCAAGUUGUAGGCAUGCGUAAAGGAUUCUAUCAAACUGAGCAUCCAUACGAGGCCCAGUCUAUUUCGAUGUUCUUUGAAGAACACCUUAAUAAUUAUCUAAAUCCCGGGCGACGCGACUGUGCAUGGAUUAGGACGAACAUUGUCGACAACAAAACCCCAUACAACGGCGCAACUAACAGUAUUCUACAGUUGAUGAUGCAAGAGUUAGGUACCUACAACAGACCUAACCGUCUUUCCGUGUUCAUGGCGCGUUCAAACAGAAUGAAAGGAACCUUAGCAGGCCAUAAUACAGCUGCCAACGUUGAUGCAUUCGAUGGUCUGCAAGCUGGCGAUGAACAGCUCAUGUACGUCAAAGACUUCGGUAUGAUCUUCGCGUAUUGGAACAUACCCGAAAUCUGGAACUCCUUCUGCGACAGCUACAACGGCAUGAGGGAUGUCCUCAUCAACUUCGAUCGGAGUUGGAACUCCGCACAUCAGACCGAUCAAAUUGAUUUAGCGGGCCAAUGGGCCUCUUGGAAUCGAGACAAUUUAAGGAUCAUAGCGACGAAUGGCCGGACUCAAGCAAUGAGUUUGUACAAUAGGAGGAAGCAGAUUGGGGGUUUGUAUGGCACAUGGUGGACAGCGAAGUGGUGGACGGUGUUUCAGUUACCAUUUGGACAAAGUCAGUACGACUAUAUCAAGUUAGACAGGUCGUGUAGGAACUUGCAGUAG